AUGGGAGAAAUUAAAGACGCGUUAAUUGCAUCGAACACUCCAACAGGACAGGAGACUGUGAAACCAGCAGGAUUAGAUUGUGUAUUAUUACCCGUUCCUUCAACUUCUAGAGAGUAUACUGCUGUCAAUACUUUUCUUUCGCCAACUGUAACAGUUUCCUAG